GCAAGAUUUCCGCGGUUGUGUAACGGCAUAUCGCGGGCUUGUAGAGAGGCCUGAACUCCGCAUCCCUUCUCCUCCUGGCCCCUAGAGUCCGGCAGCCCUGCCAUGGCCUGGGCGAUGGCGGCUGGGAGCCGUGGAGCCCGCGGCGCGCUCUCAGUGCACACGCUCCUGUUCGACCUGCCGCCCACGCUGCUGGGCGAGCUCUGCGCGGUCCUGGACAGCUGCGACGGCGCGCUCGGCUGGCGCGGCCUGGCGGAGCGACUUUCACGCAGCUGGCUGGAUGUUCGUCACAUUGAAAAAUAUGUAGACCAAGGUAAAAGUGGAACAAGAGAAUUACUUUGGUCCUGGGCACAGAAAAACAAGACCAUCGGUGACCUUUUACAGGUUCUUCAGGAGAUGGGACAUCAUCGAGCUAUCCAUUUAAUUGCAAAUUAUGGAGCAGCUUUGAAUCCCUCAGAACCGAGACAUCAGGGAGAUGAAUUUCCAAACAUGUUCUCCAAGGAAACAGCCAAUGUCACAGUGGAUAAUGUUCUUAUUCCUGAAGAUAAUAAAAAAGGAAUGUUGCUUAAAUCCUCUAUCAGUUUUCAAAACAUCAUAGAAGGAACCAACAACUUCCACAAAGACUUCCUAAUUGGAGAAGGGGAGAUUUUUGAGGUAUACAGAGUGGAGAUCCAAAACCAAACCUAUGCCAUUAAGUUAUUUAAACAGGAGAAAAAAAUGCAGUGCAAGAAACAAUGGAAGAGGUUUUUAUCUGAGCUCGAAGUUCUACUACUAUAUCAACAUCCAAACAUACUGGAGUUGGCUGCAUAUUUUACAGAGAAUGAGAAGUUCUGCCUGGUUUAUCCAUAUAUGAGAAAUGGAUCACUUUUUGACAGAUUGCACUGUGUAGGUAACACAGCCCCACUCUCUUGGCACACUCGAAUCAGUGUAUUAAUGGGAACAGCCAAAGCCGUUCAGUACCUGCACAACACUGACCCGUGCUCGGUUGUCUGUGGCAGCAUAUCAAGUGCAAACAUACUUUUAGAUGAUCAGUUUCAACCCAGACUGACGGGCUUUGCCAAGGCUCACUUCCGACCCCACCUGGAGCACCAGAGCUCUGUGACGAGCGUGACCAGCAGCAGUGGCAAACACCUGUGGUACCUGCCAGAGGAGUGUAUCAGACAGGGCAAACUCUCCACUAAAACAGAUAUCUACAGCUUUGGAAUCGUAAUAAUGGAAGUUCUGACAGGUUGUAAAAUGGUGUUAGAUGAACCAAAGCAUAUUCAGCUGAGGGACCUCCUUAUGGAACUGAUGGAAAAGAGAGGACUCGAUUCAUGCCUCUCACUUCUAGAUAAGAAAGUUUCCCCCUGUCCUCGAAAUUUUUCUGCCAAGCUCUUCUCUCUGGCAACCCAGUGUGCUGCAACACGGGCAAAACUAAGACCAUCAAUGGAUGAGGUUCUGACUACUCUUGAAAGUACUCAAGCCUGCUUAUAUUUUGCUGAAGAUCCUCCCACAUCACUCAAGUCCUUCAGGUGUCCUUCUCCUCUGUUCUUGGACAACGUACCAAGUAUUCCAGUGGAAGAUGAUGAAAGACAGAGUAAUCAUUCACUGCUUCAUGACAAACAUUUGAGAGAAAAGAAAAUGACUCAGAAAAUUCCCUUUGAAUGCAGCCAGUCUGAGGUUACAUUUCUGGGCUUCGAGACAAAGGCGGGGAGUAGGAGAAAUGAGGACACUUGUGAUAGGCCCAGUUCUUCUUGUGAAGGAUUUUGGCUUCCAAAGUAUGCAGCUCCACCCCAGGACUCAGAGGCCUCUAGUAUGAAUGUGGACCCUUCUGCAGAAGCUCCAGGCCAUUCUUACAGGAGCAGGCCUAUGGAGAUUAGCUGUUCCUCUGAAUUCUUCUGGGACGAAGGUGAACAGCUCCAGAAGGAAUCCAUUUUACCAGAAGAUAAAGAAGGAGGCAAGUAUGACUGAGGCAUGUGAGUACAUGUACAUCCUGGGAAGACAUUGCCUUCCUGUCAGGCCAAGAGGAUGACUGAUGGUGACCUUGGUAAUAAUACAGACCAACAAUCUGGACAGUCCCAUUAUUUACUUCCCAACUUGUAAAACAGAGUGGCUUAAAAAUGUGCUUUAUCAGGUAUUUGCCUCAUGAGUAAACUUAGGCUAAAUUAGAGCCAUUCAAGAUUAUUUGAGAUCGUGGGCUCCAACUUCAGACCAACGAAACAACCAAAAGCUACCAAAGAGAGACUGGAAUCCAAUGUCUUCUUCAUCGGUAUGAGUCCUGAGGGCCUUCAGUCUGCUAGGUAUGUUCAGUUCAGUUGGAUUCCAGUGUUUAGUUUAGCUUGCGUACAAAGGUUGUAGUAAGUCCCUAAUUUGUAAAUAUUAGUAGAUGCCCUUUAAAGAGUUGCCUUUGCAUUUACUUUUAUUGGCCCUUUAUUCUUUUUUGUGUUCAUCCCUACCAAGCCUGCUGUCUGAAAAUGAGCCAGGUUCACCCUUGGCUAUGACAUGUUCGAUGCAGAGAGGGGUUCUUGCCCAAGAUCUGUAUUCUGUAUUUAAAUUCAUCAGGUGGUUAUUUACAUAUAAUAUAGUUAUUUACUGUUAUUAUAGGUUCUUUUUGAAAAUAUAUAUAUAUAUGUACUUAGAGACCUACUAUAUUCUGAGUAGAAUGUGUGAAAUUCUAAUCAAGUAAUUUUUAUUUCUGAGAAAGUGGCUGGUCACAAAAACUGAGCAGAUUUCUGUUAUAUUCUGUAGCUUCCAACUCCAUGCCUUUACUCCUGCAGUUUCCUGGAUCUCUCACAAGCUAAACUGAAAUCUCACCCAAUCCUUCAGGGCCCAGCAGAACCUCCAUCCUUCCGGCAGCCUCCCUAAUCUCUCCAGCCAGAAGUACUUUAUCAGCAUUUUCAUAGCUAUUAUUUGUAUUUCUAUGUUAUAUCAGUCACUUCCUGAAUUAUAUCAAAGUUGCUUCUGCCAUCUUCUCUCUUUGACUAGACCUGUAAACUCCCUGUAUCAGUUUUCUAUGGUUGCUGAAACAAAUCAUCCCAAAUUUAGUGGGUUAAAACAAAUUAAUUAUUUUGUGGUUCUGGAAGUCAGAAGUCCUUGGCAUUCCUUCUGGAGGCUUUAGGAGGAGAUUCAUUUUCUUACCUCUUCAAGCUUCUAGAGGCCACCUGCCUUCCUUGGCUCAUGGCUUCUUCCUCCAUCCUCAAAGCCAGCAAUGUAGCAUCUUUGAAUCUAGAUCCCCCUCUUUCUCUCUGACUUCUUUAUCACCUCUUUCUCGUACCUUGGCCCUCCUGCCUCUCUCUUACCAUGAUCCUGGUGAUUGCAUUGGCCCACUCAGAAAACCCAAGAAAAUCUCUGUAUCCCAAGAUCUUUAAUUUAAUCACAUCUGCAAAUGUCCCUUUUCUCUUGUAAAGUAAUAUAGUCACAGUUUUCCGGGAAUAGGACAUGAACAUCUUUGGCAGAGGGGCAUAACUCUGUCACAUUUCCUGAGUGUGUUUGGGCCACCUCUUCAAGGCCUAGCAUGUUAUCCUGUACACAGCAAGUGUUUCCUUACAAGUUGAAGUGAAGUGCCUCCAUGAACUCACGUAAUCAAAAAUUCAGCUACAGUAAACAUUGCUGAGUAAAUGAAGUGAGGAUAAUGAUUGUGUGUAUGAUGGUGGGCUGAAAUACUCCAAGAAAACCAUUUCCAGAGGAUUUACAGAAUCUCCCUCUUCAGGGUAUUCACAAUACAAGGUAAGACCUCUAGCUGUCUGUGCAUCAGAGGAAUAGGUACAUGCCACUGGGGAGGGGGCGGUCAUCAUAGUCCGAUUGGAAGCUGCAUUCAAGAACAACUAAUCAGAGAAAGAAGUCAUCAGGAAUUAGGGUCUGGUUAGCAGACCAAGGUCAGAAACGUGGAACUAUAUACAAUUCUGGGGGAAAACGACCUCAUGACAGAAAGUGAGGUUCAAAACACAGUAAGCCUUAGUCUGACAGGCCCCCAAAAGCCCCAGGUAAGCAGUUAGGAGAGGCCACGCUCACAGGCAGGUCUGCAGGGGGCCUGGCUGUGGGGUGCUGUCUUCCCCACCUGAGCAGGAUGUAUGUCUUCACAGUGCUCCCAAAUGGCCCGUGUGCUAAGACUAGUAGGGGAAGAGGUUUGGACUUGACUUCACAGGAUUUUAAUUCUUCUGACCUGUCCUAGUUGGCAACGCUUGAUUAUUCAUGUUAAUGAAAGGAAACAGUAAAAGCCUUUGGCAGUUGGCUUAAUAUAUUACAAACCAUUCUGAGGCUGAUUUAGCUUGUUUUAUAAGUGUUGUCUGGAAGUACCUUCAGUGAGAGGUCGGUAAGAAAGCUCUGAUUAACACCGGGCCUGCACCAUCACUCGGCACGUGUGUGAUCUGUUGAUUUGAAUCUGCUUAUUUGACUUAAAGCAUUGUUCUUUAAACUUUAAUGUGCAUCAGAAUGAAGUGGAAGGCUUGUUAAAAGCCCAGAUUGCUGGGCCCACCCAGCUUCGGAUGCAGUAGUUCCGGGGUUAGAAAUUGGGCUUUGUAACAAGUUCCCAGGUAAUGCUGGGGCCACUCUGCCAACCAUUGCACUACAAUGUUCUCAGAGUGUUCCAGGUCAGUAGAUGCUACCUUUCCAACUAGGCUGCACGUUUUUUGAAAGAGGCAUCAUUUCUUUAUAUUCCUGCAAUAUGGUUAACCUCUGAUCUUUUUUAUUAGAUCACCUUGCUGGGGGGUGAGGGUGAGUAUUUUGGACAUCUGAAGGACCAAAUCAGAUUAGCUGGCGAUAAGCUGACUAAUGAUAUGGUAAGCAGAUGGACCCAAAAUUUUCUACUGAGUGAUCCAGUCCUCCUGACUCGAUUUGCCUUCUAGUGGGUACAUUAAAAAAUGUUGAUUAUAGUAAUUAAGUCUGGCAUUCUGUGAUGGGCAGUAAGAGAUACCUCACAGCUUCAUGAUGUGUGGAAUAAGAAACCAAGAAUGAGCCUCCAAGUAAGUGUUCCCUCUGAUCAGCAAACAUGAAUAGUCAAGAAUCCACUCAUCUUCAUCCAUAUAACGCACCACAAGCAAUCCUCCAGGCAGGCUCUGUUUAGUUGUUAGAGUUCUUGUAGCAUUUCAUGAUGCCCCAAAAUAUUUCAUUGUUUUUGAAAAUAGGUAUGCGAUUUCUGACAUAGUCAAUUUUAUUGACUUCUUGAGAAUUGUUAUAGUGAUCCGUGACUCACUGCAUAAUAGUAGUUUUAUACGGUAGUACAUCAGCCUGUGUAAAACAACUUUUGUGACCUGACUAUGGUGAGUACAGAGGUGAGGGUUAUCCUGAAUAGUAUUUACUAAGCAUCUACCAGAACCAAGGCAGUGUAUCGAUUACUAGGAUACCAAGUAAGGAAGAAAAGGCAUGGACUCCAGUAAAUAGUUGGGUGACAUCUGUUAUUUGAACCCUCAACCAAUGGGACUAAAAGUAAAGGUGAAAAGGAGGGGGGCAGCGAUAACUAUGCUCUUUUGAGUGGGGGAAGAACACCUCUUAGAGAAGCUUGCUGGAAGACAGACGGGAAUAUGAGAAAUAGAAAAGAGUGACCAAAAAGUGCUCCAAGAAGGCUCUCCAGAGAAUUGGGGGCCACAGUUCUACCAGAGCUGUGCACACCCCCACCUCUGGGGUUGGAAGAAUGGGGUGAGGACAAGGGGAACUAGGUCCAGAUUUUUGCAUGUUUUUUCCUAUUUGUCCAUCACAACUACCAGAAGGUAUGAACCCCAUGUUAUAAAUGAGAAAAAUGACUCAAGGAGGUUAAGGAAUUUCCCUGAGGUCCUCCCAGAUCUGGAAGAGCCAGGAAUUGAACCCACAUCUGCCUGACUUCAAAGCCCAAUGUUCUUGUCCUGUGAGAAGGCAUGAAUGUGAAAAGUCCUUUGCUGAUCCCACAAACUUUCAGUAAGCACACAAGCCUUGCCAUAUCUUCUGCCUUUAUCACUGCCCUGCUUGUCUGAUGCAGUGCCAUGCCAAUGCAGUCGUUUAAUGUAAAUAAUGUGAAUUCAUCCAUCCAUUUGUUCAUUGAGUAAAUAUUUACUAACAGCCUCCUUUGCAUCAGGUACUGUUCUAGGACCUGAGGGGAUGAUGAAGACCAAACCCCACCAAACACCCUGCCUUCAUGGAUUGUGCACUUGACUGACUGACUGAAGGAAUGAGUGGGUGAACAGAAACACUGGGAGGGUUGUCAUCACAGUUCUAACAUUAACUGGCAGCUCUCUACAAGCUGCCAUCUCAGUGUCGUCUGGAUACAGAUCCUGGCUCCUCCACCAGCUCUCGUGUGGGGGUUCCGAGAGGUUCUCUCCUUGUUGUAUGGGAUAGCUGAUAUCCCCCUGGCAGCCAUCACUUUGCUAUUAGUGCACAAGCAGUCUAUGGCAUGCUCGGUGGCAAAUAUGACAGAUCCUAUUCUCCCGUUGACCAGUAAUUUUUUUCAGGGCAUUUAUUUGCCAAGGUGGCAUCUCAGCAGGCUUCAUCUAUGUCAUCUGAAACACCUGCGCAUACCUUACCUCACUAUCGGUCCAUAAUGGAAUUAUGGUUGGCUUCUUCCCUCUCCUCCACAACAUGGAUGCUUCCCUGGGGACACAGGUUAUAUCCUGUUCAUUUUGUGCCCCCAACAGCUAGUACAGUGCUUGGUGCAUAAUAUGACCCCACAAUAUUUAUGAAGUGAAUGAAUCAAAUAGUCCUAGGAAGCAUCUUCAAAAUCAUUGGUAUCUAGUGUAUCAAUUCUAACAUCUAAUUGUACCCAAAUUUGUCUUCCUGAUACCUGUACUAUCAUCAAUCAUUUGCUUAAAUAGCUCCAGUUCAUCAUUCUUGGAUAGAAGUUACUAACUGCAAACAUUAAUAUAUGAGAUAUAUUUUAAAAAAGGAAUUAGGCAUUGUGUACAUUGCUUGCUGGUGUGCUUCAUGGUAAGAAGUAUUCCCACAUUGUGUCUAAGCAAUGAUAAACCAACAUUUGACAGGUAAUAAACCAACAUUUGUUGUAUUUUGUUUCCAUCUAUCUGUCCCAAAUUAUAGAUAUUUGAUGGUCUAUUGGAUUUGACAUGCAAGUAUUUUCUUGGGAGGCAUUUUCAUUUUAAAAGAUCAACAUUACCUCCCAAACCUUCACAUGUGAGCCUUCUAAUUGAUGUCAUCUGCCUCAUUGCAAACUUCGUGGUCAUCUAUAUAAACAACAAUAUUUCUAUAAGUAUUUUCAUAGUUUUUCAUUUGCUUCUUAAUUUUAAAAUUUUCUUGUAGAUCAACAUUGAGUGGAAUGGGGGUAAGAAGGGAGAAAUAGCUUACCUGCCACAGUGGGCAGGUGCACGUGCAUAUUUAAGCUAUAAGUACCUGUCGAGCUGGUUGCUGUCACCAUAGAUCAAGGGAAAUGAUCUCAAAGAACUUGACUCUUAUCCUGAGUCACACUGAUGCUGGAAUGGGUACCAAACUGAACACUUUUUAUUCAAUUGCAGGAAAUAUCUGCUCUGAAAUUUUUAACUUAAAAAUUUAAAGUAUCUUCUAUUUGAAAAUUUAAAAAAUGGCUGAUAAUAUGUGUGUUCAUUAUUUUAUUAGUGUUCAUUUUACCCUCCCAGAUUGGCAGAUAUUGAAGCAGUUGACAAGAACAUAGGCAAAUAGACAUUCUUGUUCACCGUGGCUGGUGUGAAAAUUGGCACUUUUCUAAGAGAGCGGCAUGUAUCAAAUUUGGCAAUAUGUAUCAAAAAUUGAAAUGAUACACUUUUACCCAGCAAUUUAAGUAUUCAUCCUAAUAAAUAAAAUUACAUACCUCUCUAAACAAGAUGGCAAAGAUGUACUUUAUGAUGUUUAUAAUAUUAAAAUAUUGGAAACAGCCUAAAUGUCUUUCAAUAAAAGAUGGGUUACAUAAAUUAUAGUACAAAUAUAACAUUGACUUGUAUGCAACUGUCAUGAAAGAUUAUUUAGAUCUUUAUUGGUAUGGAAAUUUGUCCCUGAAAUAUUAUUGAAUGAAAAGUCAGAUUCCAGAAUAGCAUGUUUAAUAUGGGCUCAUUCGUAACACUGGAUACUUUAUGAUAUUAUGAGUUUCAUAGAGAGAACUUUGCCAAAAGGUUAAUGAUUUUUUUUCUGGGCUGUGGUAUUUGGGUGAUCUUUACUUUCUUUAGAAUUUUAUGUAUUUGAAAUUAUUAUAAUGAGCAUGUAUCAUUUUUAUUAU